GCUCGGCCUAUUGCUGAGCUGUACUUGGCUGGACCGGAAGUUGGCGGCACCCGGAUCCAGAGCUAAUCGACCUGUGCAUCCACAGAGUGAGAGAGAGAGAGAGAGACUGGCUGAGAGGAGAUCGGGGUAAGCUGCCAUAUUACAACACCCACAUAUAUACACAUACUAACGGGGGGUGUUGGUGGGCGCAGGGCUGGGCUUCUCCUGGCUUGUCUGAGCAUCAUGGGAAAUGUAGUCCACAUCCCUGGGACUAGCCAGGGUUAACCAGCCUUGCUCUCUGUGCUGUGUGUGCGCUGUGAGCUGAGCAGGGUCACUGGGCUAUUCAGUAAAGUACCGGCUGGCACCAAUGGAAACUCUCUGACUCUGCAGAAUGUCUUUCCACAUUUCUGACCAUUUAUUUUUAUUUAAAAACCCUAUGACUAGUGUAUCUUUUGUUUGGUUUUGUCUAUCACUAUAUCAAAAAAUGAUGUAUGCACAAUAUAUAUAUAUAUAUAUGUGUGUGUGUGUGUGUGUGUUAAUGUAUAUGUAAAGGUUAAUAUAUGUUGUACAUUAAAAAAAAUGUCACUGUCAGUUUAUGACUCCGUCAUUGUCAAUUUAUCUGAAUGAAUAAAUAUAUUGAUGUGAUGCAUCAGCCUACUAAUUGCAUGGCUUGUGAUUGUAAAGCUGCAGAUGUUUACCUUGCAAAUGUGUAAGGGUCAGUGCAGUAUUGAGAUUCAUUUUCCCUAUCUCUUCCCCCUCCCUCCCCCAGAUGAUUGCACAUUGCUGGUUUUUAGGUACAGGAUUUACAGCUUAGAUAUCAAUCUAGGCAUGUUAACACUGUUUCUACUGUGCUUGUGUACCCACUCCUUUUUUCCCCAGCAGCAAUAUUUAUUUUGGUGUAGGUAAACUCAAGAGACAUUCUGAUGCUAAACGCUUAAAAUAGAGUAAAAUGUUAAUGUGGAAUGUUGUGGAUGAUAAAUGGUAUGUUAGCUAGUUGACUAACGUACAAUGUAUGCAACACUUUGCUGUUUUAUGUAUUAGAUCUUUUUUCAGACCGAGAGAAAAAGAAAAUGGAGUUGGGCUUUAGCAAGAUGUGUCCCAUAGUUGAAAAUCUCUGAUAGCAUCAAGCCAGUAAUAGUGUUGUCCUAUGAGACUGAGUUGCUGAGCACCAAGAGGUUGAAAUGGCUGUGCUCAGCUAUGCAUAGUAAUUUUAAAAAACUGAUCUGUAUACUGUAACAAAGACACCAUGUAUAAAGUUGCAGGUUAUUACUUACAAAAAUCCGGGCUAGAAAACUAAAAAUGAUUCUAUGUGCUUUUUCUUGGUUUGCUGGUGAUGCUAUCUUGGUCUUUUUAAUUUAUUUUUACUCCAGUUGCUGUGGCCUACAAUUCCAUGAUUGCUCAGACAUGGGAAAUGUAAUUAGAAUGUGAAAGGUCUCGUUAGUGUAAUUGAUACAUUGGUAUUCAGCUAUACUGGAUUGAAAAGCAGAACUUGAAUCCUCCAGGCUCUCUGACCUAGAAAACACUGCUAAAAAAGAAAGAAAUGGUUGAAGGUUCAUACCAAGCACCAUAACCACUACAGCUUAUUUAUUUUUUCCAAGUGGUUUGAUUAAAAAUAGUGCUCUCCCCAGUACAUCUUUUUGCCACCAACAAGGUAAUGAUCAAGUAAAACAUCCUCAUUAUGUGGCCAAAACAUUUGUACAGGUUACCAGGAUUUGGCCAUGCUUGGUCAAUGUUAACCUCUACAGGGCUGCCAAAUUUGAAAGGCUCCCUGAAUGAAGGUAUUGAAACAGGCUUGUAUGUGUAUAUGAACUUUGAUAUUUGACACCUUGCACACAUCAUGAUAUGACUCUCCUAGAUUUUGCAUUAUCAUUAGAAUGAACAGUGACUAGUCAGAGAAACUUAUUUUUAAAGUGACACAUUACCAUUAAUUCAUAUAAUUCCAUGCUUUAAAUCAUAUUGUGUGUGUGUGUAUGUAUGUAUGUAUGUGUGUGUGUGUGUGUGUGUGUAUAUAUAUAUAUAUAUAUAUAUAUAUAUAUAUAUAUAUCUCUAUAUCUGAGAGUUUUGUCACAUACCUUGCCAGAUUUAUGCUACUUUUUAGAGAAGAGGUAGACAACGUUCAGCUUUCCAGAUGUUGUGGACGCUCACUUGAUAUUUUGCCAGCAUUAUGGGAGAUGUAGUGCCAAAAGUUUGCUAGUCUUGGCACUGCUGGUUUUUGUGGACUCUAGUUCCGGUUUUACGUGUCCCGGGACAUACUUGAAAAACACUUUAAAUAAAUCUGGAGUUAGUGAUUCCAUAGCACAAGCCCUAACCUAGAGUGAGACAAACUUGCGGAGUUACAGUUAUGGGAUUUAUUUAGAGUGUUCUGUGUUGAAUGCUCAUUUUUAUGGUUGCAUUUGUAAUAUUUGUUUGCUGGCUACCAGGUUGGCCCAUGUCCUAGCAUGCUAAAAGUGGUAUGUUAUGUUCAGCUUUAUGAACAUUUUAUAUUGAGGUGUCCUUCCAUUACAAUUUUAUAUUGCUAAACCGUGGAUAGGUUUAGAAUAAUUCUGAGAAAUUGCACAGUAUCUCAUGUCUGCUUGUAAUGCGUUGAAUUCAGUAUUGGCAAUAAAGCUGUUCUGAAAUUGUAUUAAUUCUACGUAAAUAGUUUAAUUGGUUAACAUUUUUAAUGAUUUCUUUAUUGUUCUUUUUGCACUCUCCAGCAUUCCUGUGUUUCCAUGGCUACCUACUUGGAAUUUAUACAGCAGAAUGAAGAGCGAGAUGGGGUACGUUUCAGUUGGAACGUGUGGCCUUCCAGCCGGCUGGAAGCUACACGGAUGGUUGUCCCUUUAGGCUGCCUUUUUACACCUCUGAAAGAACGCCCUGACCUACCUCCUGUGCAGUAUGAGCCAGUGUUGUGCACAAGACCAACGUGCAAAGCAGUCCUUAAUCCGUUAUGGUAAGAUGUCUUUUAAUUUGCUUCUGCCAAGAUUUGCUUGUUUCUAAACAACCUACUGUGAUAUUUCAGAUUAGUUGCAAAUGUUUAAAGGUGAACUGUAAGUGCCAAACUGCUACAGAGCACUGUAGUGCUUAUGGUGCCAGGAGUCUGCUGACACCAUUUGCUGUUCAGGAUCAACCCAUUUUCUAACAGUUUGACACUUACCUGGGUCCUCCAGGUAACUUCAGUCUAGACUUUCUUCACAGAAAUUGCUAAAGUGAACAUUUUGUUUCUAUAAUAGCAAUGUCAAUUUGUCCAACUUUGGACUUAAUUCAUUAACUGAAGAGUGUCUGGAGAGAAUUCUGUUCAAACACAGAUGGAAUUGAUCUUGCUAAUGCAGUAGAGGAGCAUCCGCUUAAGUAAUUUUCUUCAAUGAGGAGCCAGACUGGUGAAACCCAGGGCACCAGGGUAACUGUCAAACUGUUUAAAAACAGCCUGACCCUUAACAGGAUCCUGUGUUUCCAAAAAUAACAGUUGCUAUGUUGAAUUGGGGGUGGGGGGAGAGGGAGUUCCUUCUGUUGCUGGUUUCUUUGUCCAUCCCAUUUAGUGUUUUAAAAAUUUAGCUUAAAAGACCACUAUCGGGCCCGGCUCUGGAAAGGGGAAAAGGGGUAAAACUUACCUUUUUCCAGCACUGGGCGGGGAGUUUUCCUCCCCGUCGGCUGAAUGCGCACGCGCGACAAGAGCUGCGCACGCAUUCAGCCGGUCGCAUAGGAAAGCAUUAUCAAUGCUUUCCUAUGGACGCUUGCGUGCUCUCACUGUGAUUUUCACACUGAGAAUCACGCAAGCGGCUCUAGUGGCUGUCAAUGAGACAGCCACUAGAGGAUUUGGGGGAAGGCUUAACCCAUUCAUAAACAUAGCAGUUUCUCUGAAACUGCUAGGUUUAUAAAAAAAAAAAAAAUGGGUUAACCCUAGCUGGACCUGGCACCCAGACCACUUCAUUAAGCUGAAGUGGUCUGGGUGCCUAGAGUGGUCCUUUAAUAAACAUUACUUACCUCGUUCCCAACCUUGAGAAACCUCUGCUGCAGCCACCUGCUACGUCUUGGUUGGUGAUUCUUCCGUGAUCACAUCCAGUCCAGUGCUUGUCAUAGAAAAGCAUUGGUGAUAACAAAUACUCAGCUCCUCCAAUCAAUUUCUGUUAUGAGCAGCAUUUUGCUUGAAGUACAGAAUUUGACUUGGUUCUGGAGACAGCCACUUACGGUGUAAUUAACCCUGCAAUGUAAGCAUGGCCAUUUUUUACAAAAGGCAAUGUUUUGCAUUGAAGGGUUAAAUUGGCAGGACCACUGCACUCGGACCACUUCAUUGGGAUGCAAUUGUUUGGGUGCCUUUUACUGGUCCUUUUAACAGUAGACGGCAUCAUAGAACUCCUGGCACUAUAAGCACUACAAUGCAAUGUAGUGGUUAUGGUACUUUGUAUGCAAUAAUAUAUCUACAUAUCAUGUAUAAGGAAUUGUGACCUUUGAUACUUUUAUCACAACUGUAAAAUGCAGCCACUACACAAGGAGUGUGUACAUAUAACUUUGUCUUUCAUCUGUAAUAUUUAUAAAAAAAAAAAAAAAAAAAUUAUGUCAAAGUUUGAACUCCUUUUAAUAAUUAAAAUAGUUAAAUGAACUGUUAACUUCGUUGGAGUUCUGUUCUUUUGACCCAACUCUAAUUUUGUCCAACAGUAUGUCCAUAAGUACUAUAUACACAUUGGUGUUUGUUCAAUAUAUAUGGAAUAUGUUGUUAUGGCACUAAACUGGUAGUUCAAAACCCCUUAGUCAGCCCAUAAAGCAAGAACCCUAUACUGUUCAGUGGGUCACUAUUGAUUUCAGCAGAAACAUCUUUGCCAAGCCUCAGACAGCUGCUCACAAUCAAUUAUAUACAGUAAUGCUGAUGCUUGUAAAAGGAGAAAUCAUUUUACUUUAGAAAAUGUCUAAUGAAGGUGUAAACCAGAACCAAGGAAGGGGAUGUCUUCAAUGUUAAAUACAAGUACAUAACGGAACCUUUGGUACAAACAAGGGCUCUAUCAUUUACCUAACCCUAUUCUCCUUUCUACAGCCAAGUCGACUACAGAGCUAAGCUGUGGGCAUGUAACUUCUGCUUCCAACGAAAUCAGGUUAGUCUGCUCAACCCAUUUCUGAUUUGCUGGUUUGUUCACUAAAACAGCCAAGCUGGAAGUAAAUCAUAGCUUUUGAUUGUGUGUGGUGUUGUUUUUUUUGGGAAGGAGGGGGUGGUUGGGGUUUUUUAUUUUAUUGCUUUAGAUUUUCUGUUUUUGGUCUAAUUUUUGCAGUAUGCUUGGCAACUUCCUGUUCAAUAACCAACUUCCUCCGCUAAGCUAAUUUUAAAAAAUAUACCAAGGCAUCAUUGAGUGACAUUAGAAUGACAAACUCUGUUGAUUAGCCAUGUUUCCUAGUUAUUAGAACAGUUAUUAGAACAGGUUAUUGCACUAAAAUGACUAACAAUUUGUUUGGUCUCUGAUAGGGGAUAUCGUAAUCUGAAUUAUGCUGAUUGUUUUACACUGCAUAAUCUUGAUUUUAUCUGAUUUAUAUUAACCCCUUUGUAUUUAAAUUUGUAUUUUGUAGUUCCCUCCAACAUAUGCUGGCAUAUCAGAAAUGAACCAGCCCGCGGAGCUAAUGCCACAGUUUUCUACCAUUGAAUACAUUGUACAGGUACAACAUGCUCACAAAUUGACUUGACAUGAUUCUAUAUAUGAAGAAUAAAAUCCAGCUGAGAUCGUGAUCUAGCCCUGACAUUCAAAUGAAAAUCUGUAUGUCCCCCAUUUUAUUACAGAGAGGUCCACAGACUCCACUUAUCUUCUUGUAUGUGGUGGACACAUGUCUGGAGGAAGAAGAUCUCCAGGCUUUAAAGGAGUCUUUGCAGAUGUCUCUUAGCUUGCUGCCUCCUGAUGCUCUGGUCGGUUUGAUCACAUUUGGCAGAAUGGUGCAAGUUCAUGAACUAAACUGUGAUGGGAUAUCUAAAAGCUAUGUCUUCAGAGGGACCAAAGAUCUGACUGCUAAGCAAAUACAGGUAGGCUGUCAUGUUGUUGCAUGAAUGCUAAAUUUAAACUCAUUAGCUGACCCACAAGGGAUUGUAUAAUUGCUGUGCUUCAUCUUUCUGACGUUCUAACAAGCACCUUGCAGAUGCUUGAUAGGAACAUCAGCCUUGCAAAGUUUUUGAAUUGAGAUAUUUUAUUAUAAUGUCUCAAAGUGAGUCUGUGAAUUGUUGUAAAGAAAAAAAAGCUUAUGUAUAUAUUUUUACUUGAAUUUAGGAUAUGCUGGGUCUUGCAAAGCCUGUUGCUCAGGCACAGCCUGGGAGACCGUUACAGCCUCAGGAGCAACCUUUCUUGUCAAGCCGGUAAGAUUGCUUUAUGGUGUAAUUCCACAGUUUACCUUUAAUAUAGGCAUUGGGAAUAUUGGGCAUACCUAUUUAUUUGCACUUUUAUUAUCCUCUAGUACAGUCAAAGGAAGUAGGCACAAUUUCAUCAGUUACAUAUUUAAAAAUAAAAUAAAAAAUAACAUAUCGGGUAAUGUAUCGACUGUUGCAUCUUCAAGUUACUCAUUAAGUGAACCUUUUAAACCAAAGUGAGACUGUGCUGAUAAAGAGUGGUUUAUAGGAUGAGAUUUUAUAGAUAUCUAUAUAUAACUUGAACUGAAUUAUUAAAUUUGUUGAUAUAUAUUUUUUUUAUUUUUUUUUGUAGCUUCCUACAGCCAGUUCACAAAAUUGACAUGAAUUUAACAGACUUACUUGGGGAGUUGCAACGUGAUCCAUGGCCUGUAACACAGGGAAAACGACCUCUUAGAUCAACUGGUGUAGCUUUGUCUAUUGCUGUCGGAUUAUUGGAGGUAAUUGUUCAAGACCAUUAUGAGGUUAAGCUUUUAACCUGUCAAGCAUAGUUACACAGAGCCUAAAAAUCUGUGAUAGAUGUGUGGAUUGUUUUUUUUUAUUUUUUUUAUUUAUUAAAUGGGUUAAUAGCACAAACAUGAUACAUACUCUUGCAGUUCAUUCUAACAGUGUUUCUUAAUAUAACAAGCUUUAAUCUCUGCUUUUUACUUUUGGAAGUUAUUCUUAAUUACUGCAGAAAAUGGUGACCUUAUAUAGGAAGUUGUGCUAUUGAUCACGUUGCUAAAUUUAAUAAAACACCCUUAGCAGUCUCUGAGUCAAGAAACCAGUCUAUAAGGAGGUUAUAUGGACAUCUUGCCAACAUUCAGUAAGCACAAUUCUAAAACUCUUCAAAAUGAGUGGGUGGGCAGAGGGUACAUUGGAGGACUAAUGCAUGAUAAAGCAUAGCAGGACAUGAAGGGGGAGGGGGGACAAAAUGUACUUUUAACUUAAUACCCAUCUCUGCUCCACUGUUCUUUGAAUUAAACUUGGUGAAUAUGUGUAGCUUACCUCACUGCCACAUUGUCUCAUCUUUAGUCCUACAUUUCAGCUUAUUGAAAUAUAUUUUUGCAGUGUCCAGUUAUUAUUUUCGUAACAAAUCCGUUUGGCUUGCUUUCAGGGUACACUGCCAAAUACAGGUGCAAGAAUAAUGCUGUUUACUGGCGGUCCACCAACACAAGGCCCUGGCAUGGUAGUUGGAGAUGAACUUAAAACACCAAUUCGCUCCUGGCACGAUAUUGAUAAGGACAAUGCACGUCUCAUGAAGAAAGCCACGAAGGCAUGUAUACUCUGGCAUUGUCUAAUGGGAUUUCCUGUGUGCUGGAAUGGGCUUUGUUGGCUUGUAUAAUAGGCUGCCUUUACAAUUGUCCCUUCUCAAACAAUGCAGCUUUUUGUUUUGUUUAGAACUCUUUUUAUAAAAGGGUAACUUUUGUGAAUGGAUCUGUAUCACUUAUGCCAUUCUUUUUAUUAUUUUCAUGUUUCCUGUGUAAUAGAAUCCAGCCCCCACCUCUCCACCCCCCACCCCACACACACACAAGUGCGUACGCACCCACUUUACGGCCUUUGCAAAAAUGAAUUCCCUGCUUUUAUUUUUGUCCUGUUCUAGUUUCAGUGGCUCACAUUAUGUUGCAAGUUGUUUUGAUAUCACCAUUGGUGGGUUUCAAGCAAUUUACACAUCUUGAUUGAUAAAAACACAUUAAACUGCUGUGUUCAGUUCUGGGAUGUUUCCUUCUACAGCUUGGUGUCUCUAUUUAUUGUGUAAGUUGAGACUUUUCAUGGUAACUGCUUGUCAAAAUUUUGCAUGUUUCUCACAGAGAAGCAUUCAUUAAUACUUCCCUAUGGAAGUAUUAGGGUUUCCAAAUUGCUCUAAAUUAAUUCCAAAAGAUCAUCAGUUUUAUGAGCACUAGCUAACGUUCUUUAGGGAUUUUUAGUGUCCCUUUAAGUGAAUAUUUUGCAUUUGUAAAUUACACAACAAACUCAUUGAUAUGCUUUCUUCCCACAGCAUUAUGAGGCAUUGGCCAAUCGCACGGCAGCCAAUGGACAUUGCAUUGACAUUUAUGCAUGUGCACUGGAUCAAACCGGUCUUUUGGAGAUGAAAUGCUGUUCAAAUCUCACUGGGUAUGUUUACUGCUUUUUGUAAGCUCUGUGCAGUCUUGGCUUCACCAUUAUGUUAUUAUACAUUGUGCGUCUUUCUUUCUUUGCAGGGGUCAGAUUGUAAUUGGAGAUUCUUUCAAUACAUCAUUGUUUAAACAAACCUUUCAGAGAGUUUUUAGCAAAGAUUUAAAUGGGGAGUUCAAAAUGGCGUUUGGAGCCAAUCUUGAAGUUAAGGUGAGCUUUUGACAGGUGUUGGAUUUGAUUAUUUUAUUCCAAUUUUUUUUUUUUUUUUGUACUACUAAAGUCUAUUACAAGUCUAAAGUCCUAUUCCUAUAUUUCAAACAGACCUCAAGAGAGCUGAAAAUUUCAGGUGCUAUUGGACCGUGUGUUUCCUUAAAUGUGAAAGGACCUUGCGUCUCUGAAAAUGUAAGCAUUGUGAUUUUUAAAAAUAAGACUGUAAACGCAAUCUGCUUUAGUUGAAUAACCUACUUUUAAUUAGAAAACAUUUAAACACUAUCAGCAAUGGAAUAACUGUAAUAUGAACAGUUGGCCCUUUGUCUUGUCACUACUAACCAAAAAUUGUGACAAGGCUUGCUUUAGCCAAAUAUUGUAGGCUGAAUAUCUGGUUAUUUAAACCUUGUCUCAUUGUGCUGUCUAGGAAUUGGGUAUUGGCGGAACGAGUCAGUGGAAAAUAUGUAGUUUGGAUCCAAGUACAACACUUUCUAUUUAUUUUGAAGUGGUGAACCAGGUAAUGAUUCUGACUUUUCAUUAGUUUUUAUGUGUCUUUAUUUAUAAAUGUUAUUGGAAGCAUUCGUCAACGGUUACAAGAACUAUAUAAAACUGUGUAGAAUAAAAAAAUGCACCUGAUGUGUGUUUUCCUUUAUAUUUUAUAGUGAGAUUUUUUUUUAUUUUUUUAUGAAAUGGUACUCUAAAAUUUUUAUGAUUUGUGCAUUUAUAGACUUUAAGAGGGAAGCUAUUCAAACAUGUAAAUCUAUAGCUUCAAUCACUUAUUCUUAUACAGGGCUUCAGUCUUCAGAGCAGGAUAAGCACAGGAAGCUCUCCUGAACUACAGUUCCCAUAGUGCUUUGCCAAACAUUGUCUGGAGAGUGAAUUAUAUAACCGCUUUAUGUUGGCUACCACUGCUGCAAAGAUACCUCUGAAACUGACCUUUUUUGUGCCCUUUUCUUUUAUAGCACAAUGCACCCAUUCCUCAAGGUGGCCGAGGCGCUGUGCAGUUUGUAACCCAGUACCAACAUUCCAGCACGCAGAAAAGAAUUCGAGUAACUACAAUAGCCAGAAAGUAAGAAUUCGUAUUCUAGAAACUACGUGUGGAGGAGGGGGUAUGAUUAUGCUGGUGGCAAUGAUUUUAACCAGAGUUUCCUUUAUGUUUAUAGUUGGGCAGAUGCACAAUCCCAGCUUCAGCACAUUGAGGCAGCAUUCGAUCAGGAAGCGGCAGCUGUGUUAAUGGCUCGUUUAGGGGUUUAUCGAGCUGAGACUGAGGAGGGACCUGAUGUCCUCCGAUGGUUAGACAGACAACUAAUCCGACUUGUAAGUAUAAUGCUGUGUCCUAUAAUAUUAAAACUGCUGUUAAUGCUGGGAAUGAGAACCACUUUAUGUUAUGUCUCAUAACGUUUGCAUAUUUACAAAGUAUUGGCUGUAAGAGUGUUUCUAAUCACAGAAUAUCUCUAAACCCCCCUUUUUUUUUUUUUUUCCUCUCUCUCUCUCUCUUCCCCCUCCUCCACUCAGUGCCAGAAAUUUGGGCAGUACAACAAAGAUGACCCAACUUCCUUCAGGCUAUCAGACUCCUUUUCCCUUUAUCCUCAGGUAAUAUUUUAUUAUAUAUUUGCCUUGAUUAAAGUAUGAAGUACAUAUUAGUAAAACAUUUUGUGUAAAUAGAACGUUAACAUGCGUCAGUGUUGGUUUUUUUCUGUGCUCCGGGGAAGGGAAGGUGUAAAUGUCAGUGUGUUUCUAUGUCACUAUGUUCAAAUAGUUAUCAUUCCUUCCAAAAAUAAUUUGUAUUUGUGUUGUUUUACAUUGCGUUAGCAAAACUUGGAUGCCGUUUGUGAAAGCUCUGUGAUUGUUAAAUUUGGUGGUGCAGGCUUUAGGAACCUUAGGCCUCUGUCUACAUUUAGCCAUCACUGUCACGCAUGUGUAGUGAUCUGGUUACUCCAUAUCCUAUAAAUACUGCCAAAAAUUAUCUAAAAGAUAAGCUUGUGCUACUUUUAUGGUUAAUCUCAUGCAUUUUGGGUAGUUACACAUUCAUUUUGUCUGUUAUGUAUGUAAAGGGCACAUUUACCAUUAAAAUAUAAUGCUGGUCUCACCUGAAAACAUCUGCUCCAGAAGUGAGAUGCCAGACCGUUUCCCUCUUCACAAGCUAUAAGGCAUAAAUAUAUAAACCUAUGACCUCAUCAGUGGGAUAAAGCAUGUGGAUACUAUAAUUAAUUUCUCUUUGUAGUUGGUUGUAUUUGGAAAUGAAUGCAGUUUGUUUGUGUGAUUUUUUUUUUUUUUUGAUUAUUUUUCAUUUUGAUAGUGGAAUCCAAAAUGUAGUGGGUUUUUUUUUUGGGGGGGGAGGUGGGGGGUUACCUUUCAUGCCACAAUGACAGAACAUUUAAGCCUGUAAAUUCAAAUUAUUUAAUUAUAACAUAUCCAAUUUAAUGGUUUCCUUUUAAACCUCUACAGUUUAUGUUCCACUUGAGAAGAUCUCCUUUCCUGCAAGUGUUUAAUAACAGCCCAGACGAAUCUUCCUAUUAUCGCCAUCACUUUGCCAGACAGGACCUGACCCAGUCUCUAAUCAUGAUCCAGCCCAUUCUCUAUUCUUACUCCUUCUAUGGACCUCCAGAGGUAUGACUGUUUUCUUGAACAAAAUGACUAUACCACUACAGCAUGUAAAUUAUUUGCCAUCAUUAAUAUUUUAUCUUUCUCACCAGCCUGUUCUGUUGGAUAGCAGCAGUAUUUUACCAGAUAGGAUUCUACUCAUGGAUACCUUCUUCCAGAUUGUCAUCUACCUUGGAGAGGUAAAUCAACCUUUUGAAAAAAUCUGUUAUAACCGCAAAAGAUGCAUGGCUUCUCCCCGUUUCUAAGAGGAUUUUAUUUUUUUAAAAUGUUUUUGACAAUUUUUUUGAAUGGUUGUGGGACUGGAUUAAUGAAUGAAUGGCAGGUAAUCCAGGGAAGCAUAGUUCAGAAUCCUUCCAGUGUUAAAGCUUAGCCGUAACUGACGUGUAUUUGGAUCAAAUUUGUGUAUCAUUAAAGAAACACUCCGAGCAGCAUAGCUACUAUAAUGCACUAUAGUGGUUAUAGUGCCAGGAGUGCCUUGUAGUAGGUCACCAUUACUACCUCUGCUGGUUCUCCUGAGCUAAGCCUUACAGUGCAGGACUUGCUCAUUAACUGAGGGCAUCAUAUGUCCUUGGGUCAGUGAGCUACGCCCUGCACUGCCAGGCUAAGCUCGAACAUACAGCUUCCUGCCUUCUCUCUGAAUUAGUUGUGGUGGAUCCCAGGUAGUCAAACCAUUCUAAAACAGUUUACUUACCCUAGGGGGGUCAGGGCCCUCCUGGCUGAUUAAGGUCUAUUACUUAAUUUACCAAAUUGCUGAAUUGUUGGUCUAUUGAGAAGUUAGAUGUAAAGUUUAUUUAUUUAUUUAUUUAUUUAUUUAUUUAUUUUAAGACCAUUGCACAGUGGCGCAACGCUGGCUACCAGGAGAUGCCUGAAUAUGAAAACUUCAAACACCUUCUACAAGCACCAUUAGAUGAUGCACAGGAAAUCUUACAAAGCAGAUUCCCAAUGCCACGCUACAUUAAUACAGAACACGGAGGGAGCCAGGUAUGUCUCUGUGUUUAAAACUAAAAUUUUGAUUCUCUAAAAUGUUCUCCAUGGAGUGAGGUCUUUAGAUUACAUUUUUUGUUAUUGUUCUUCUCUCUCACCUCCACUCCAGCACAAACAGACAAUAAAAUUUAAAGAAAAUGCGUUAAUGCCCUUUUCUAUUUUUCUCAAUUUCUAGGCAAGAUUCUUGCUCUCCAAAGUAAAUCCAUCACAGACUCAUAACAAUCUGUACAACUGGGGACAGGUAAGAUGCAGCUACUAUUCCUGAUCUUGUGAUUUACGUGAGAACAAUGUCAAAUAUACUGUACCAGUUUGUUCAUUUUGAUUUAAUUGCUUAUGAUCUAAAGUGAGCAAUUUUAUACAUUUUAACUAUGUUCUCAGUGACUAAAUACUGGGGGGCGGAGGGCACCAUUUGCCACUGUGCGCUGAUAAAUACUUUCCUAGAACCCCAUUAAAAUGAUUUCAACAAGGCAUGUUUUAGCCACAAAUAUUUUUUUUCUUUUUUCAUGGUAAAUUGUAAAUGUAGAGAGUGGUUAAUAAUUUGUCAACUGUGUUCUGUCUUAAUCUUCUAAACCCAUCAAUAAGUUUUUAGGAUGUGCCCAUAGCCAUAUAAAUAAUUUCUAAAUGCUUUCUUUUGUAGGAAUCUGGGGCACCCAUACUUACAGAUGAUGUCAGCCUGCAAGUUUUCAUGGAUCACUUGAAAAAGUUGGCAGUUUCGACUGCAUCGUAAUUUCAACUGAAUCUUAAAUCUCUGGAGUUUUUAGAAGACAUUCCUGAUGUAGUUUAAAAAAAAAAAAAAAAAUCUAAAUUUUAGUAUAGAGCUAAAAAAGAGAUACAUGAAGUCACUUUUUUUUUUUUUUUUCCAUCUUAGGUUAUAAUUUAUUUGUGUUUUACAGACAUAAUUAGUGUUUGACUAUUAACAAUGAAUGUAUAUAUUUUCAAUGCUUUGUUUAAUCUUGUAUUUUUCAGUUUGUUUUGUGUUUCUGUGUAAAAUACUCAUCCAAAAUCUUAGUAAAUUCCGAUGCUAAAACAGCCAUUAAUACUUGUAAUUAAAUAAAAACGAGUGAGGCACCUGUGAACUGGAAGUGUACACCAUUCCAUUAAUAUCCUGAGCCCUAGAGUAUAAACCACUGCCAUUUGCAUUGCUGCGCUAGAACAGAUAAAACAAUCCUAGUUUGUCGAUGAUUUUAAGAGUUAUGGAUGUGGGUUUAAAAACAUCACAAUUCAGGGCCAUGUAAGAAAUGUCAGAAAAAUGUAUGGAAUGCCAUUAUUUCCAUUAAAACUUUAUUUUACUAUUUAACUUUUUAAAGCAUGGCUUAAUUUAUUGUAGAAUAAUUUUUGGAUUAAUACAUUUUGUCUCCUUAUUGUAACGUCUUUAAUGUUUUCUUUAUAAAUCGUGUAUAUUUAGAUUAUCGGUUUAACACUGUUCAGAAAAGGCAGGUUUUAUCUGAAUACAUUUCAUGGGACGAUGAAAACCAUAUUAAAAGUGAUGCGCUGCAUUGCUUUAAACAUUGUGCGUGGAUGCUACUACAUUGACCAUGGCUUGAAAUCACUGCAGAAAUUAAUCUAUAACAUGAGAUUGAGUUGUAGCUUUUAGCUGGAAAACAAUUCUAUUGCAUGAUUAGUUAGCAGGUACAUGAUAUAUUAUGUAUAAACACAAAAAGUAGUACAUUUCUCCGCACCGCACAUCAUUUUUUUUUUUUUAAACUAAAGUAUGAAUUGUUGGGAAUUCAACGUGAAUAGCCAUUUUUAGGUUACAAUGUAUAAAUUGGAAAAAUUCUCCAUGUCUGCUGUGCCUUCAGUUUGGUUACUUUGUCCUAUUUGAAAAUGCACUUUGAAUUCCUCCCAAUAAACACUAGUGCAGGGAUAGACAACCUUCAGCAGUCUAGACAUUGUGGACUUGAUGCAUUGCUAGCAUGAUGGCUGUAAGAGCAUUAUGGGUGAUGGAGUCCACUCCAUCUGAAGUGCCAAAGGUUGCCUUACUCUGUGAUUACCCAAUGCAGAAAUACUGUUUUAUUUCUUCAUUGUUGUGUGGAAUCUGAUGUUUUGUAUAUUUGUCUUAAAAUAUAUAGUGUGGUCCUGUAAGACAUGCAUCUCAAUAGAAUAAAGCACACAAAGUAACUGGUACAUAUGCGUAUCCUAUUGUUUGUGGUAAAAUCAAGCUAUUUGUCUGCCCGCCAUGUUUUGGGGAGGAGGGAAGGGAGUUAACCUGGUGGUACACACUGAUCUACAAAUCAUAUCACAACAUCUACCUGUUCAUGGAUGGACACGAUGGAUCGAG